GUUUGCUGCUCGCCGAUUGAAAAAUCUUUCAUAUUUAUUUUCGAAAAAAUUAGAAUUAUCUUUGGAUACGUCAUCUUUGUCAAACACAGCUGUGAUUCACUGUACUAAAGAUAAACGGGAAGUCGACCUAAUUUUGUAUACUGCAGAGAAAUGACUUCGAGUGGUGAAAGUGGGGACAGUGCUGUAAAGGUAUAUGUCAAGGAAGAGCGACUCACGGUUGAAGAGGAUAUGCUGCACGAGUUUAAAGGUCACCGCAAUUUUUCUAAGGAUGAUAUACCUCAAGCAGCUAUCAUCAACAAGACACAGAGACCCAUAUCAAGGAAUCUUUGUGGUUUUCUCAACACUGGUGCUGGGGGAGUGGUCUAUUGUGGUGUGACUGAUAACGGAGAAGUCCAGGGCAUCCAUCUUACAAACUACCAGAAAGACCAUGUAUUGCUUUCUGUCCAAGAUCUUUUCUCUAGAUUUGAACCUCCUGUUGAUUCCAGCAUGUACACAGUCCAUUUUGUUCCUGUUGUGACUGAAAAUGAUCAUGUUCCAGACAUCCCAUCUUUUCCUGUAGAUCCUGAGCAACGCAAUACUCCACACAUCUUGAGGACUUCCAAAUAUUGCUGGUGUGACAAGGAUGCCUCAGCUCAGCAUGACUUUGGUAUGAUUUCUCAACUAUACGUCAUUGAAAUCGAAGUUUUCCCCUGGAAUCCAAAGUCCCCUUUGUCUGUGACGUCUGUAACUCCUAUUCACCCCCUUUUUUGCAACGAAGAAGGACUCCACUUUGUUCGCCGACUUGGUGGUUUGCAUCGACCAACAUUAGCGGAAGUGAUCCAGCUGGCCGAAGCAGAUACUGCCCGAUAUCACACUAUGAAUAAAAAAUGACGCAGUUGUAUUUUGAUGACGCAAUCCUCAGUAACGAUAUGAAAUAUCCGAGAUAUCUUGUUUCACGUAAACUGUCUCUUUUGUUUGGAUUUAUUUCUCUUUUUUUCUUCCCAGUUCAUGUCUCCUCAUUCACGCAUUGAAAUGCAAAUGUUUCUUUUUGUCAGGUAUUUAGGGUGUGGCAUAAAAAUACUCUAUUCUUGGCUCCAGUUUUCUAUCUCAGACCCGCUGAAUGUAAACGUUUACUAAGAAGUGCCUGUAAUUACAUGUAAAUAAUUGGCUUUUCUUCAAAUGGAAUACAAUUCCCUGUGCUCAGUUUAA